AUGGAGAUUGAAUCCGAUAUACCUAAAAUUCCAAAUCAUAAAUUAUCAGAACAACAAUUCUUAAUAACACAUACCAAUUUAUCAAAUGAAGAACGAAAUAAAAUCAUAAAUGAAAUAAUUGAUACUAUAAAAUCAGAAAAUCUUGCACCAUAUUACAAAUAUUUACAUAAUGAGAUUAAAGACUUUCCUUAUGAUGAUUCAUUAUAUCAACAAUUAGCCUCUAAAAACGAAGAAGAAAUCAAUGAAUUAAAAACCAAAAUAAAAGAAGCAGAAGGAGAAGAAGAAACUGAAUUAGAUGUAACUACCACAACCACCAAAUUAGCAGAAUACUACACCAAAAUAAUUGAUAGAGAAAAUGCAAUUGAAACAUUCAAAAAAGUUUUAGAAUUAACAUCAGAUACAGGUAAAAAAAUAGAUCACCUUUUAACAUUAGCAAGAAUUAAUUUUUUUUUCAAUGAUUUACCACAAGUUGGUAAAGAUUUAGAUCAAAUAUCAAACUUAAUUGAAAAAGGUGGUGAUUGGGAACGUAGAAAUAGAUUUAAAGCUUAUAAUGGGAUUUAUUUAUUAGCAAAUAGAAAUUUUGAAGAAGCUGCAAAACUAUUAAUCGAUUCAUUAGCUACUUUUACUUCAACUGAAUUAUGUUCAUAUGAACAAAUUGCUCAUUAUGCAAUUGUUGCAGGCGUUAUAUCUUUAGGUAGAGUUGAUUUGAAAUCCAAAAUUAUUGAUUCACCAGAAAUUUUAUCCAUAUAUUCAUCAGCACCAAAAUUAGAACCAUUAUUAAAUUUAACAAAUUCAUUAUACACAUGUCAAUAUAAUUGUUUUUUCAGUUACCUUUUACAAACAUAUGAUCAAUUGUUAAUUCCAAAUAAAUAUUUACAACCACAUGCUAAUUACUUUUUGAGAGAAAUGAGAUGUAAAGCUUAUGGUCAAUUAUUAGAGAGUUAUAAAUCAUUAUCAUUAAAAUCAAUGGCUACUCAAUUUAAUAUAAGUGAAGAUUUCUUGGAUCAAGAUUUAUGUAAAUUUAUUCCAAACAAAAAAUUAAACUGCGUAAUUGAUAAGGUUAAUGGUAUAAUUGAAACUAAUAGACCGGACAACAAGAAUAAUCAAUAUCAUUUAUUAAUUAAACAAGGUGAUGGAUUAUUAACUAAAUUACAAAAAUACGGAGCUGCUGUAAAAUUAAGUGGAGCUGAAAGAGUUGUAUAG